CACAACAACACAAUCAUUUGCUCCCAUUUCAGGCCUGCAUGUCGCUACCCUCGAAAACCAACAGAAAUAACUGAACACACACGAAAUUACCAAAAUACCCUCCACUCUCUACUUUUGCAUCAUAUACCACACAGAUACCCUCAGCGAAACCACAGGCAGAGAGAGCUUCUGAAUUUUUCCUUUUCACUCUCUCUCUCUCUCUCCUUUUGUCUCCCUCUCUUUCUCCAUCCUCCUUCCUCUUCCCAAAGUUGUUUCCCACCAAGAAAAACCAAAGAUGGGAUGUGGGAAAUCAAAACACGCAGUUGUCACCGAGACCACCAUCGUCAAAUCCACAAAAUCUGAUGACGGGAAAGAAACCCGCAAAACCAAAACCAUCACGGAGAAAGGCGACUCCAUGUCCGUACAAGAAGUCGAAACAACAACAUCUGUUGUCGAAGACACCAAGAAGGAGACCACCACAACAAAAGUAGACCCCAUCGGUACUGCCAAUGUGGCCCCCACAUUGGCAGACCAAGAAGUCUCAAAAGAAGAUGAGAAGAUCACCGAUGUGGCCCCCACAGAUGAUGUGGACGACGUCAUGAAAGCCGUGAAGGAAGAUGAAGAAGUUAAGAAUUCGGAUAUCACCGACGUGGUCCCCACAUCAAAUGAAGGUUGUGUGGAAGUUGUGAAAGAUGACGAGAAGAAAGAAUCCACGGAUGAAAAGGACGCUAAGAAAGAUAAUGUGAUUCCCACGUUGAGGGAGAAUGUUAUGGAAGCCACAUUGGUCAUGAAGGAUGACAAAAAGUUUAAUGAUUCCAAAGAAGAAAUGACCUAUGAAACACCAAUGAAAGCCAACGAAGAUUUUCCGAUCACCGAGUUCACAACCCCAAAAGUCCAGGAACUAAAAGCCAAAGAAUCGACCAAAGUGGAAACAAAGAAAGAAGAAGAUGUGAAGGUGACAGUAGCAGACAUUGCUAACACAGAGUCCUCACCCGCAACAGAACCUAAGAAGGUUCCCACCACCGAUGAGGCAAAUGUUGUGGAAACAAAAGAGAAAGAAACAUGAGACAAAAAUGAAGGACAAGAUGAAAUCCUGGACAAUGCAUAAAUGUGGCUCACGUCAUAUCAUAUGGUCGUGGUUUAAUGUAAUAUCUUUGGAAAGUUGCUAUAUUUUUAGAUUGUAUACUUCUAGAUCUACUGUGAACAUACCUCAGAGAUUACAAUGUGUGACAUUUAGAAGUUUUCAAAUAUCCAGUUUCGUCCUUCAUCUAUUUACUACCUUACUUAUUUUGGA